AUGCAAAAACAGCCGGACUAUUACGCCCUUCUGGGAGUACCCAGGACGGCUUCCAGGGAUGGUAUUCGAGAAGCCUACAAAGUAAAGGCGCUAGAGUUGCACCCAGACAAAAACCCUGAGGGUGAGGCAGUAUUUAAACUGGUGGUGAAUGCAUAUCAUAUACUCCGUUCACCUACAAAACGGAGGAAAUACGAUCAGGAAAUGGCCUUGCGCGAUGGUCGAAGGCCGCCACCAUCUCAAGCUCCAAUGGGGCGCUACGGUCCUAAACCGAAUACCGGUAAUAAUGCAAGUCCGAUGAGACCAAACCCUGCACCUUCAUUCAGUGACGGUGCUUCCAGAAAGUUUACUGAUGAAAAGUUGUUCGAGGAUAUUUACAAGCAAUAUCAAAAGGGGACCUACGGGGGUUCUGCACCCACCACUAAAGAUCCAAAAGAAGGCUUCCGUGGAGCUGGUGGUAAUCAGUUGAGCUUCGCAGAAUGGUUUAAAAAGAAACAGGAAGAACUUAGACAAGCAGAAGAAAUAUUUAAGGCCAAGCUAGAUUACGCCAAAAAGCUAGAAGUUGAAGAAAAACAGCGGGCUGAAGAGUGGCGUAUAUUGCAACAACGCAGAGAGCGAGAACGAGAAGAGGAACUAGAACGUGCUCGAGCUCAACGAGAAUGGGAAGGCGAGCUCCUACGACGAGAAAAAGAAACAGCCAUGAGGAAUCGUAAAGCAGAGGAAGAACGACUUAAAGUGGCUGCAUAUGCUGAGGUUCAGAGAAAACAACAGGAAGAUAUUGAUACUCAUCUCAAAGAGCUUGCCAGAAUGAAAAAAGAAUUGGAGGAUGAAAGGCAACGGUUGGCAACAGAAAGAGAAUUGGCUCAGCAAGAAUCAACAAGUCAACAAUGCGCGCGCCGUGAACGUCAACGACAGCGCGAGCUAGAAAUAGCUUUAGAAAUUCAAAGAGCAGAAGCAAAGGUAGAGGAAGCUCUUGCUCAUCAAGCAGAUUAUGAAGCGUAUGAAAGAGAACGCGAAGAACGACGAAAGCGUGAGGAGCAGGCCCGCUUACGUGAAGAAGAACAUCGACGUCAAACAAAUUUACAUGAAGAAGAAUCGCGGCGUCAAGCUAACGCGGAACAGGAAGAAGCACGACGAAAGGCUUCUGAAGAACUUGACGGAAAGAGAAGAGCAAUAUUGGAACAAAUUGUGCAAGAGCGUCAGCGACAUUUGGAUGAUGUGGAAGCUAUGCGACGUGAAACUGACCGCAUUGAGGCAGAAAUGCAGGCAAAGCUUGAUGCUUUGAGGGAAGCGAAGCGCUCUGGGCAACCGAUAAAUUUGGACGAAUGGAAACUAUAG